AUGGAAGAGGAGGAGCGAUGUCCCAUCUGCCUGGAGGACUUUUCCAUGGGUCGGGGGAGGACACUACGGGAGGCCGGGGACGUCUUCUCGCCCGCCUGCUGCCGCCAGCCUUUUUGCGGACGCUGCAUCGUGACCCACCUCCAAAAGCGCCGCGACUGCCCUCUGUGCCGACAGCCCAUCAGGGCCCUCCAGAGCAGUCGCGUAGAGGAACAGCAGCCUACCAGCCCACCACCAGUAGCAGGGGGUGGGAGAAGAGCCGCGACAAACACCCUGGACACGCGGUACCACAGGGUGUCGGUCCGGCGCGACAGCUCGCUGGAGGAGCUGCGUAGGCGGCUGAGCACGCUCUUCGUCAUCCAACUGGACCGACUCACUAUCAUCCACAAAGGGAAGGUUCUCGACCGCCACUCGUACGAACCGGCCUGGCUGGGCGCGGGGCGGGUGCAGCUGCAGCUGCUGGGCGAGCCCUCGCCCCUACGCGACGACGACUAUUUCGAUGACGACGACGAUGCCGUUGCUGCCGCCGCCAGGUGUUCUUCGGCUUCAACCUGCGUGCUUGCCUGA